AUGGACGCCUACGCACUCAAAAACCGGCUAGGUGCCGUCGAGUGCAAGCUCUGCCGCACCGUCCACCCCAGCGAGGCGAACUACCUCGUACACACUCGGGGGCGUCGUCACCGUCAGGCUGUGAAGCGUCGCGAAGAGCGCGACACCCUGCGACGACGCUUUCCCGAAACAGGAGUCGUCUCUGGGUCGGUUGUAAACACAAAACUCGAAAGCAGACGCUCGGAAGGAACCGAAGCAAGCCCGCAUACACCAAAAGUCGAGUGCUGGCGUCUUCCGGGGAACGCGGGGUUUCGGAUAGCCACAGAGCUGUCAGCAAGCGCGGACGUUGAGGUGCUGGUUACCCCGCAACCCAGACGUCUGGGUCAAGAGAUCUGGCUGAUUCCCGAUGUCGCUUGUAUGCGGCUUGAGCAGGGGAGUUUUGUGACACGCGUACGGACACGUAGGUUCCCGGUUUGCUCUGGUGCUGUGCGUUUCGAGGUGGAUCUGUAUGUGCGAAGAGACUAG